GUUUUCAGGCAGCAGGCCCGCGAGCACCUCGGUACGUCUCUCCUCUCUCCGCGCGCCGAGCACGCACAUGCCCGUGGUGUAGCCGCCUCCGCCAGCAGCACAAGAGCCGCCCCCGCCGAGUCAUGGAGCCGCUGGAGCUUGAGCCGGGCUUCGAGCCCCAACUCAGGGCCCGCUCCAACACGUGGCCCCUGCCGCGACCCGAGCCGCCCGAGUCGGCCUCCGAGGCCGCCCCCGCCGCCCCCACGCAGCCCUUCGCACAGCCCAAGAUGUUCGCGCCGCCGCCCGACCUGGUGCACGGCGGGCCGCAGCAGGUGCUCGCCGCCUCGGCCAAGAAGAACUCGAGCCGGCGCAACGCGUGGGGCAACAUGAGCUACGCCGACCUCAUCACCCAGGCCAUCCAGUCCGCCCCCGAGAACAGACUCACCCUCUCGCAGAUCUACGAGUGGAUGGUCCAGAACGUGCCCUACUUCAAGGACAAGGGCGACAGCAACUCCUCCGCCGGAUGGAAGAAUUCGAUCCGGCACAACCUGUCGCUGCACAACCGGUUCAUGCGGGUGCAGAACGAGGGCACGGGCAAGUCGUCGUGGUGGAUGAUCAACCCGGACGCGAAGCCGGGCAAAAGCGCGCGGCGCCGCGCCACUUCGAUGGAGACGUCCAAGUUCGAGAAGCGGCGCGGCCGCGUCAAGAAGAAGGUGGAGGCGCUGCGCAACGGCCUCGACGCCACCCCCAGCCCCAGCUCGAGCGUCUCCGAGGGCCUCGACCUCUUCCCCGACUCGCCCAUCCACCCCGGCUUCCAGCUCAGCCCCGAGUUCCGGCCGCGCGCCUCCUCCAACGCCUCCUCCUGCGGACGCCUCUCGCCCAUCCCGGCCGUCGAGUCCGACUCGCAACUCGCCUGGAGCCCCCAAGAGAGUGGAGAUGUGGUUGGCAAGUACAGUCCGAGCAUGCAGUACGAGAGCAGGUACGGCCCGGAGCAGCUCGCCGGCAACCUGGCCGAGGGGAUGAAGCUGAGCGACGUGUACAACCUGGGCCACCACCAACAGCACCUGCAGCCCACGACAUAUCCGCCGCCGCCGCCACCCUACGAGUUCCACAGACGCUACCCUGAGAGUGGGUGUCUCUUGCACCGACACCAGGCGUGCACCUGCAACCUUUACAACAUCAAAAAAGAGCCUUUGACGCCGCCGUACGUGUCCCCGGGCGAGGCGUCGCCGGAGCAGGCGGCGGUUCAGCAACAACAAUUGUCCGGAGGAUUCGUGCGGGCGACGGUGCAGAACGUGGAGAUGCGCGAGACGAGCGGCGGCCGGACGACGCCGACGCCGUCGCAGAUGAUGGGCCAGCUGAUGGGGGCGCUCAACAACCACACCAACAGCGCCAUCCUGGACGACCUGAAUUUGAACAUCGAGCCGCUGGACGGCGGUUUCGACUGCAACGUGGACGAGGUGAUUCGCCACGAGCUCAACAUGGACGGCAACCUCGAGUUCAACUUCUCGUCGCACCAGCACCAGCACCACCCGCACCUCCACCAGCUCCACCACCUGCACCACCUACAGCACCUUCAGCAUCUUCAGCCGCAGCUCGAGGCGCCGCCCCCGCCCAACCAGCAGGGCGUCGUCUACACGCCGGCCGUCACCUCCGGACACUCGUGGGUCCACUAAGCAGGUCGAGGUGCAACGAGAUGCAAAAGGCGCCGUUUGAUUUUUGGUUCCGACGGAAGCGAAAAAGACAUGCGCGGCGAUCACGCAAACACACGUGUUGGUAAAUGUUGUGUACGUUUGUAGGCCGAGGGAGUUGAUUGACAACCUUAUUUAAGUUUAAAGAAGUAGAUGUUGAAGUGACUUUUACUACCUAAUCCAUUUUGUUUCCUUAUACGCCGAUUAAUCGCAGCAAUUUCGUGUGUGUGUCAUGUAAAAAAAAUUAUGUGUUCGCCAAUUCCGGGAACAGUUCCGGAGAUUGAUUAAAUUUAGAGAGAAAAUUAAGCUGGUUAAGGAUUAAGAGAAGAAAACUGUCGUGAUGCGUUGGUUUGUUCAGAUUGUAAAUCAACGGCAUCGCCGCAGUGUUAAUUCUUUUUCGAAAGCUAUCGCACAUAGUUGGUUAGUGUCGCCUUUUAUCUUUGUUGAAAUGGUCAUUGUUGGUGCCUCUGCGAUUAAAUUAGAGAGCCUGGGAUUGAUUGAGAAUUAAAACGGGCGAGUUUUCUGGUCGCAGGCUCACUCGUGUAUUUUAGUGUUGCUGUUGAGCUCAUCAAGUGUAAUUAUUACUAAUUAGAAAUUAACAUGUGUAAAAUGUGGACAGAUCAUUUUAUAUGGAUAUUUAAUUAUAUUGUAAUGCUACCUCAUAUUCACAACAAACACACACACACUAUACAUGUGCAUAUAUAAAUUAAUUGUACAUUUAUCUGUAAAAUAUAAAUGCAAGGAAUUUGAAUGGUCAUCGUUGAAACUCUGCUAAAAUCAUCGCAACUGUGGGAAAUUUUAAGAUCAAUUUCUUAUUUUAUUGUAUAAAUAAUUUCUAUAUAUUUAUCAAAUUGAGAAGCAAAAAUGUGAUUGGGUCCUAUGAAUAAUUUCUAAAUGUUUUAAUUGCAAAUUUGGAAUUCUUUUUAAUUGGGAAAAUUCUGAAGUGAAUUAAUGGAUCGAGUAUAAAAACUUAUGAACAUUUGUUUGUCCUUAAGAAUUAGUCAGUUUGUGACUAAUUCGCAGGUGCAAAGUCACAUUGGCUUAUGUAAAAAUUUGAAGUAAAAAAAUUAUAGUCUUAUUAAAUUAACUGUGCAUAUUCUAAUGUAUAAAGUUGAAGAUUAGGAGACCCUGAGUGAUUGACCAAUGCGAAAGAAAAAUCAGCUUGUUUUUUUUUGUCUGCCAAUAAUAAUUUUUAGUUUGCAAUUCAACAAGAAACAAAGAACCUAAACUUACAGAGGGGAGUCGCCCCGGUACAAAUUUUCCCCUACAUAAGUUUUACCUGUGAACGUUUACCUAUCUAUCUAUAAAUAAUACAAAACAUCCACACAAAACAGUCGCGUCUAAUCAUGAAUGUGCCAUAAAUGGAGCGAGCCACGUGAGAGGAGGUGAUGAUUUUUUUUUCGUUAAUUUUAAUUAAUAUAUAUUUUGAUUUUAAUCAAUGUCGAUUAUGCAAAGAAGCGAAUUUGUUCCUGUCGGUUUUAAGAAGAAGAAUAGAGAGUGCGUGCCAUUUUUCCAUUUGAGAGUUGAGAAAGUGCUGAUUUUAAGAUCGAUUGUUGACCAAACGUGAGAAAUAUAACAUAUUAUUAUUCUGCACAUUUUUGACAUCUGCGAAACGACCCUAUUGAAUGCGCAAUUGAUAUAAAAAGGGGAAUAUAAUUGUGCGUUGCUAAUGUUCAAAAAGUGGAUUGAAAGAAUUUGUGUCGUCUGUGUAGAAUUUUGUUGAAUUUUAUAAACAUAAAAAAUGUGUCCUCUUGAUUUGCCAAAGAGUGUGUCGCACCGUAUAAUUAUUACAAAACGUGAAAAAUGAUCUGUUUGAACAACAGUCGCUGUACGUUUGCUGUAAAUUUCCGGGGAAUCGUAUGAGUGUGUUUACGAGAAAAUGAAAUGUAGUGCAAAAUGUGGGUCGGCAGAUGUUGGAAACCACUCUGAAAAUCAGCAGUUACUAAGAAAUAAAAACCAAUGGAAUAUAUUAUAUGAUGCA